AUGCUUGGCAAUGCAUAUAUAAGAGCGACAAAAAUGGGACCCCUGGAGGGAGAUAUCGCAGGAGAAGGCGGUGAAGUAGCGAUGGGGUUCCGCGGCAGGUUCUCGAUUACGGAUUCGGUGAUCAUUGUGCUGGUUUACGUCGAGACUGUGCUGGCGUUGUCGCUCAGACUGGUACCGCAGCCGGUGAAGUCGUUCUUUACAUGGUUGAUAAACUUUGCGGAGGGCUCGGAUGAGCACUCGAUCGAGCAGAAGCUGAGGAGGGCGGCGACGAUCCACGAGAUGUGCCGGCUGUUUGAUAUAUCGGUGGAGGACCACCUGGUCCGGACGGAGGAUAACUACAUACUGACUUUGCACCGCAUCAAGCCGAAGACGGGCAGAUUCAACGGGAAAGUGGUGUAUUUGCACCACGGAUUGCUGAUGUGUUCGGACGUUUGGGUGUGUAAUAUCGAAAAGCACAAGAAUCUGCCUAUGGUGCUACACGAGCUCGGGUUCGAUGUGUGGAUGGGCAACAACCGGGGUAACAAGUACUCCACGGCGCAUCUGCAUCGACUGCCGAACCAGAGGAAGUUCUGGGAUUUCUCGAUCGACGAGUUUGCCUUCUUUGACAUACCGAACUCGAUUCAGUUUGUGCUGGAUAGGACGCAGGUGGAGCAGUUGGUGUGUAUUGGGUUUUCGCAGGGCUCAGCACAGAUGUUUGCAGCGUUUUCGCUGAGCGAGGAGCUCAACAUGAAGGUGUCGCAGUUCAUUGCCAUCUCGCCGGCUAUGACGCCCCGGGGUCUGCACAACCGCAUCGCCGAUACUUUGGUAAAAUCGUCCCCGAGGUUCAUGUAUCUUUUCUUUGGCGAUAGGAUCGUUCUGCCGACGGCCGUCUUGUGGCAACGCACGUUGCAUCCGAAACUCUUCAACCUGCUUGUCGACUUCGGUAACAGGUUCUUGUUCAACUGGCGGGCGCUGAACAUUACCGCCAGACAAAAACUGGCCUCUUACUCGAAACUCUACUCCACAACCAGUGUCAAGUCUAUCGUGCAUUGGUUUCAAAUCUUACAGUCGCAGAAGUUCCAAAUGUUCGAGGAGUCCGAUGAUAUCAUAAAUUCUCUUUACAGACCAUACCAGAUCGCCACAUUCCCAACAAAGACCAACAUCAAGAUCCCCAUCCUGCUGAUCUACGGCGGCGUAGACUCGUUGGUCGAUAUCGAGGCGAUGAAGGACCUUCUGCCGGCAAAAACGGUGUUCGACAUCGAGGUCGAUAACCACGAACACUUGGACCUUCUGUGGGGUCACGACGUCGACUCUCUAGUCAUCUCAAGGGUGAUCAAAUUCAUCCGAUUUUUCGAUGAACCGUUUGAGCUGCCUCUCAUCGACAACAAUCAAGGCGUCGGUCACUUCAGCCUCGUGCCCAAAGGUUUGACUUCGUCACUAACCAUGAAUGGUGACGAGACAACGCAGUUCAAGGAACAUGCCUCCGACGGCGAAUCUGUGUACAUGGAUAGCAGUGAUCAUCUCGAAGAGCUCAGGCAGCAUAAGAGGGAACGAAGAAUUUUGAGCGAUCUGUUCUACGAUGAUUUACAUUCAUCCUAG